GAAUUGGUUGUCUGUCUGUAGUGCGAUAGCGCAGUUUAGGAAGAUUAUUUUGAUAGAUUUUUCCAGAAUUAAGUUCCUAGAAAGCUAAAUAAUGACUGAUAGAGCGGCGAAAAAGCUCCAAGAAGGUUUGCAGCAUAUGGAAGAAGCAGAAAAACAUUUAAAAACGGGAUUUUUCAAGUGGAGACCUGAUUAUGACAGCGCAGCAGCUUCGUUUCAGAAUGCUGGGCUUGCCUUCAAGCUUGCUAAGCAAUAUGAGAAAGCAUACGCUGCAUAUGAAAGAUUAGCCGAUGCUCAUUACAAGCUUGGAGCGAGAUUCCAUGCCGCAAAAGCAUACGAGGAAGCUGGGAAUGCUUGCAGAGAACUGAAUGACUAUAAUAAAGCUUUAGCAUACUACGACAGAGCAUCAGACAUAUACAUGGAGAAUGGAACUCCUGACACCGCAGUUCUGUGCUUAGAACGAGCAGGAAAGAUGACGGAAAUGGUUAAUGCGGAAUGGUCCAUCAGUUUAUAUAUGAAGGCGGCUGAAAUCUGUCAGAAUGAAGAUGAUUCAAGAUUCAGACAAGCGGCUGAGUUGGUUGGAAAAGCGUCUCGAUUACAGCUUCAAAAUAAUAAAUUAUCUGAUGCGAUCAACACUAUCGGACAUGAAUGUCAGUUGUAUUCCCAGUCAGAUGGGGGAGGGGAAUCAAUACCAAGAUUAACUUGUGGAUUGGUGCUCGUACAUCUACACAUCGGAGAUCCGGUGUCAGCAGAGCAGGCGAUUCAUUCCGCUUGUGAUUAUGCCGAUAUAUUUGAUGGCUCUGAAGAGCAGGACGCUCUAAUGCGAUUGGUCGAGGCGUUCAAUGAAGAAGAUCAAGAAAAAGUGGACUUAGUUAUCAACACACCAAUGUUCAAAUUUAUGGACAAUGUGUACGCAAAAUUAGCCCGCUCAUUGCGCGUCCCGGGCUACUCUUCAUCAAAACAGCCCCGCCAAUCUGCCCCAGGAAUUAUAAAAGCCACCAACAAUGACCCCUCGACCCAGGAAGUUAGAGUAACAAACCAGGAAGCAGCUGUGAAAGACAUUUCUAAUAAAAUGAAUGCACUAAUGAACUCUGCACCCAAUAUUGGCGGAACUGGACAAAACAUGGAGGCCUCGAGUACUCAACAUAAGUUUAUAGGAGAUGAGGACGAUGAUGAUUUGUGCUAAAAUACAGUGUUAUAUGUUCUAUUCUAUAUCAGUAAUUUAAACUUAAUUUGAAUGUAAUUUUUUAGAAGUUUACCCAAAAAAGGAAGGUCACAAACUCACAAUUGGAUGUCUAAAACAAACCGAUAUUUGAUAUAUAAAAUUGAUACCUCUGUAGUGUGUGUACUAAGUUAGGG